CAGCUUUUCAGUUGGUUUUCCAUUGCGGCGCCGCACGCACGUGUCACGGCAACGCUUCGGUCAGCAGCAUCUGCGUCUGGAUCUCAAUUUUCCCAGUCUCUGAAUUUGGAAUUCUUAAGUCGCGUUUGCGUUCGCGUUCGAGUCCGAGUUUGAGUUCAGUUUCGGUCGCUACUCGUUUUUGCCGUUGUGUUUCAAGUGACGCGAAAAGUUGUCAAAAAAAUAAAAGCCAACCACAAAAAAAAAAAAAUUAAAUAAAAAUAAAAAAAGGGAAAAAGCAAAUUAAGAAAAUAAAUUGAAAUAUCUUUGGAAAAUUUCGUCUGCUGCGCUCGAGUUGCCGGUCGCUGUUUGGCUGCUGGUGACAUUGAAGUCGAAGUGAUUUCCAUCCAACAAAGAUGAUAAAUGCAUUUCGCGAGACUUGACUUUAAUUGAAAUCGUGUAAACGCGCCGUCAGCUCAGCUCUUCAGCUUUUGGGCUGCUUAAACACGAGCUUCUAAGCUACAGCAGGCGGAGCAGAGCUAACCAAGUAAUUUAAACAUUGGAGAACCGAAAAGGCGAAAAGGUAAAAUUAAUGAGCAGGCGGAGUUCGAGCUGCGGCAUGUUGACAGGGCACAGCUGAAACACAAUAACGCAUAACCACAGCCUGGAGAGUGACAGAGAGAGCAAAGAGAGAGGAGAAGGUGGAGCAGGACUUCUGGGCAGUCAAGCGAGCAGGCGACCAACGAACCAACCAACCAAUCGACCAGCCAACCAACAUUGACAACAUGGUCACGAACAUGUCGCAGCCGCAUUAUUGCGGCGCCAGCGUUGAUGAUUUUCACACAAACUAUAAAUAUAUACACGGCUAUUUCUCGCUGGUGGUCUGUAUACUCGGCACCAUAGCAAACACACUAAAUAUCAUCGUGCUGACUCGCAGGGAAAUGCGUUCACCAACGAAUGCCAUACUCACAGGAUUAGCAGUCGCUGAUCUGGCCGUGAUGCUGGAGUACAUACCCUACACCGUGCACGACUACAUACUCAGCGAUCUGUUGCCGCGCGAGCAACAGCUCAGCUAUAGUUGGGCCUGCUUCAUCAAGUUCCAUUCGAUCUUCGCCCAGGUGUUGCACACGAUCUCCAUUUGGCUCACAGUAACUUUAGCUGUGUGGCGCUAUAUUGCGGUGAGCUAUCCCCAAAGGAAUCGCAUCUGGUGUGGGAUGCGCACGACAACGAUAACUAUAGCGAUGGCCUAUGUGGUCUGUGUCUUGGUGGUAUCGCCUUGGCUGUAUUUGGUCACCGCCAUCACCAAGUAUCAGAUGACACUCGAUGCCAAUGGCAAGACGAUCAAAACGGUGCCGUUGACGCAGUAUAUGGUGGACAACGAUGAGCAAGUCUCGCUGCAGGUGAUGUCCAGCACAACGCCGGACAUGGCUUGGGCUUUCGCUUCCAGCAGCAACACCACAUCGAUGAGCAUGCUCAAUCUGAGCACAGUGGUGCCCACAACCACGGUGGCACCCUCUGAACUGGGACAGCGCAACAUCACAGUGUAUAAACUCUAUCACAGCGAACUGGCGUUAAAUGAUCUUCCUUUGCGGAAUGCGACUUUUCUCAUCUACAGUGUGAUCAUCAAAUUGAUUCCCUGCUUUGCCCUAACAGUGCUCUCAGUGCGUUUAAUUGGCGCGCUGCUCGAGGCGAAGAAGCGUAGGAAAAUUCUCGCCUGUCAUGCGGCCAACGACAUGCAACCGAUUGUCAAUGGCAAGGUUGUGACGCCAUCGCAGCCGAAGAGCUGCAAGCUGCUGGAGAAGGAGAAGCAAACGGAUCGUACCACGAGAAUGCUGCUGGCGGUGUUGUUGCUGUUUCUCAUCACAGAAUUUCCACAGGGCAUUAUGGGACUGCUGAAUGUGCUGCUUGGCGAUGCGUUUCUCAUGGAGUGCUACCUCAAACUGAGUGACCUAAUGGACAUACUGGCACUUAUUAAUUCGAGCAUCAAUUUCAUACUUUACUGCUCGAUGAGUCGCCAGUUCCGCAGCACGUUCACGCUGCUCUUCCGCCCCCGCUGGUUCGACAAAUGGCUGCCGCUGUCGCAGCACGACGGCGACGGGCGGGACGGAAUGGGGGGAAGGCUGGAUGGGUAUGGGAGACAGCGACUGGUGCACACGGAUGCUGUUAGCAAGAGCAUGGCCAUUGAUUUGGGUCUGACGACGCAAGUGACAAAUGUGUAGCACGAAAGCAGCCGGGCAGUGUCAACAACAACAGCCACAACGAUAGCGGCGGCGGCGACGGCAACAGCGACGGCGACAGCGACAAAUGCAACUGAAUCCGCCGCUGUUGAUGUUGAUGGAUGUGCCAACGAAAUUGGCGCUGCUAACGACAUCUGCGUGGUUGAAAUGCUGCAACCAAAAGACACUGCCGGCAACAGCAACUGCAGCAGUAACAUCAGCAAACAUCACAAUAGAAGCAGCAACAGCAACAUUAAUAGAGCAGCGCGACGACGCUGUAGCGUGGGUGGGAAAUGCAUUUGGCCGGCCAGCGAUUGGCUGCGUCGAUUGCGCAACAAGGAGCAACUGCAGCAACAACAGCAGCAACCUCAUAGUGAACAACUGCAACGGGAGCGGGAUUUGGAGACACGCGAAACGUCACGAACGCGACGCAGCAGCGUGUUGCUGAUGGUGCUGCUUAGUGGCAGCGAGAUGGAGGCGAAGGCGGUGGUUGUUAGUGAACAGCAGGCGAUAAUGACGACACCGCAGCAACCGCAACGUCUCAGUCGCACUGCAACCGAAGAAAUGGACGAUGCCAUCGAUGCAUUGUGGCUGUAAAUACACAAUUCUGUUCCCUCCCUCCCUCCACACCCCUAGAAGUCUCUGUCUAUAAAUGUACUUUUAUUGUUAUUGUAAUAAUUAGCAAACCCGCCGCAAUCUUUGCUCUUCUCGGGGCAGCUGACAUUUUGGGCAGCGUUGCAGGCACGUUGUGAGCCCCUCGCGCCUGCCUCGCUCUACCAAAGUUGUGCGGCUUGCCACGAAAGCAAUUAUUGUGGUGCGGCAUUAAGUCUCUCUAAGUGAUACUUGACAUAGUUUACUAGAUUGUAAGCUCAAGCAAAGCGUAUUUAAUACCAACCAAAACACACACACACAAUACACAGUUAACUAAAGUACGAUAUAAAUAAUAGAUAAUAGCUAUUCACUGUGCAUUUGGCCAUUUGUCAAUGAGUCCAUCUCUAAAUCUAAAUGGCACUGCUCAGUCAAUAGCUGUUCCACAACGUGGCCAGCAUCUCGUGCUGCCUUUCGUAUUACGAUGAACUAUUAUACUUAUGAUUGGAAUAAAGAAUUCGGCGUCAUGAUUUUAUGUAAUCAAAGUCGUUU